AUGAAGACCUUCGUUGCCAUCCUCUCCUUGGCCGUCCUCGCCGCCGCCUCCCCCCUCGAGGCCCGCACUGCGCCCAAGAGCCCCAAGGAAGCUGGCAAAGCCUGCGGCAGCAACGUCGUCUCUUGCUGCAACACUUCCAACGAGCAGAGCUCGUCCGGCAUCCUCAGCGGCCUCUUUGGCCCGAUUCUCUCCGGCGGGUGCCUUGGUGCCUCCGUCAGUGUCCUCAGCAUCCUCGACCCGCUCACCGACACUGCGGGCAUGUGCGGCGACAACACGAUUCAGUGCUGCGAGGGUGACAACCAGACUGGCCUCAUCAACGUCUCUCUCAAGUGCGUCGCCUUGUAA